AUGUUAAAAAGGGAUGAUGGCGUUGAACUUUACAAGGACGACGAAAAGGCUGAGCAUCUGCCCAGGUUCUUUCCACCGGCUUUUACGAGAGAAGUCGCUCUACCCACUGAUCACUAUAAUGUGGACGAUAUUCAGAAAAUGGACUCAGUGGUUCUCACAAAAGCUAUUGUUCAACAAGAAUUACUGAAGCUAAAAGAAGCGGCAUCGCCCGGUCCUGACGAAAUACCGGCAAAGUUGUUGAAGGAAUUAGCCACAGAAUUGGCAGAACCUCUGUGUCCCCUCUUCCAAGCCUCUCUUGAUGCAGGCAGACUGCCUCCUGAGUGGAAGACUGUGUGGGUUUCGCCGAUACAUAAAAGUGGCGGUCGCGCUUCCACAAACAACUACCGACCAGUAAGUCUCACCUCCGUAUAGAAUAGAAUAGGCUUAUUGUAGCGCCCCUUGGGCACUGUCGGUCCCCUUUGAACUCAGGAAAAAAAACCUAAAACAAACUCGUAUGCUGCAAAGUUAUGGAGCGAAUUAUCAAACACGAACUGAUGCGGUUUUUAAAGCAACAUCAUCUUCUAUCCGAUACACAGCACGGGUUCUGCAGGGGAAGGUCCUACUUGACCAGUCUACUCUACUGUCCUGAACAGUGAACCCGAGCGAUUGAUAAGGGAAACGUUGUGCAUGUGGCCUACAUAGACUUCAAGAAGGCCUUUGACAGCGCGCCCCACCAACGUCUCCUAUACAUGUUCAGCCACAUAGGGGUAAGGGGCAAGCUUUUGAAGUGGAUUGAAAACUUUUUGAUCGGUCCGUCUCAGCCUGUCCGUCUUGGUGGCCAGCAGUCGGCAAAGGUAACGGUUAAGAGCGGAGUACCUGAGGGCUCCGGUCUUGGCCCUAUCCUCUUCCUCAUCUAUAUUGAUGACUGUAUCCAUGGAUUGGACUGAGACAUUGCUAUGUUUACUGACGAUAUAAAGCUUUGGACCGUCACCUGCAACGACGACGAUGAAUCAAAUCUACAGACAAACUUAGACCGACUCGGACAAUGGUCAAGUCACUGGCUCCUCCCAUUUAAGGUUACCAAAUGCAACAUUCUGAGGACUGGCAGAACCAGAUCUGCGAACCGGAAGACGUACUAUCUAAAUCGCACACCGCUGCCAGUGGUAGAGGUUCAGAAGGAUCUAGGCGUUUGGAUAACAUCUUCACUAAGCCAUCAUUCCACUGCUUGAAAGCAGCGAAAUCCGCAAUGUCCAGCUUAUAUCUCAUCAGACGGGCAUUUGCCAAGUUCGACGAAGAGUGCUUUCGCAAGGUCUUCGGGAUGUUUGUGCGCCCACAGUAAGAAUUUGCCAUUCACGCCUGGAGACCCUGGUCUGUUAAAGAUCGUACCACCCUUGAAAAAGUCCAAUGACGGGCAACCAAGCUUGUCAGAGGUCAUAAAAAACAUACCUUUCGAAACUAGACUGUCAAAUCUUAACCUCUUUCCCUGGACUACAGACAACUACAUGGCGACUUAAUUCAAACGUUUUGAAUGCUACGGGGCCAGGAUUGCUGCCUCGCAUCCGGCGACUUCUUUCAGCUGGCCACCACUACUAGCUUGAGAGGAAAUUUUCUAAAAGUACGUGUGACAAGUGCGAGGCUGGACGCGAGGAGGUCUUUCUUCAGCCACAGUGUGGUAAAGGCGUGGAAUGCCCUGCCUGUGGACGUCGUCAUGUCCUCAUCCGUGGACUCAUUUAAGAGAAAGCUCGAACAGCACAGGGAUAUGUACCUCCACGGCAUCAGAAACUAACAAUUUUUUUCCUUUACCACCCGCCCCCGAAAGUUUUCAGUUACAAAACAUGCUACUCCCUAUAUUUUACUAGCAUUAUCUUUUGACUUUUCGCUAUCUCCUGACCGAAUCACAUGCGUUUGCUUCGAUAUUACUUGGUCCAUUCAGUACAGUACUGUUUAUUGUACAAUUUUGACAUAGAAGGCAUUCACAGACAAAUUUAUAUCAGUGACCACUGCUUGUUGUAUGGAAUUACUUACCUAUUUUUUGACCCUUGCCUUAUACGUCGUUUUUUAUGACGUUAUUGUAAACAAAAGGGGCGUUCAAAGGCGCUCGUCUACCUUUUUCUUAAUAAAUUUGUUCUGAUCUGAAUAAUCAACUGUAGGUUAGCUAUAGGAUUACCAAGAGCGUCUCGGAGGAUGGGAGACUGCGUUUUUACGUGAGCUUCCGAGAGAGAAGUUUCGGGACUUUUAGCAAGCGGUUUUUAAAGAAGUGUAAGUAUUUGACUAGCCGCUUUUCUUCAGACAAUAUCUUUGCUUGCUCAAAAUACCACAAAUCGAGGGCAGAACGUAAACAUCAUCCUGAAGACGAAAUCGACGAGAAAGUUCGUGCAAUCUACGGUGAAAUGGUGAGGGCAGGAAAACCUUAUCCUCGGCAUUAAUUGUUUUCCCGCGUGGAAGAAAACUAGAAGUAAGUAGACCUAGGAUUUCGUUCAGCGUGGAGAUGAAAUCAUUUGCAUCGGAACUUAGGAAUAAAUCAGUUCAGAGCUAGAAAUCGGAUGCAAAAAAUGGAAAUUGCAGAGUACGAUUAGUGAACAACAGGCAUAGACUAGCAGAACUCAAAAUGAGAUGGCAGCAGGCAGUUCUGAGAAAAGAGGCAUGUAUAUAAGGAAAUUCAACCAAAAAACAGGGGCUUAAAACGUUAGGUCUCACAGAAAAAUCACUUAAAAUAAUAUCCUCCACUUAUCUUCAAAUUUCAGCACUGCAUCUUAGUACACGGUAAUGCUCUUACGGUUUUUAUUUCGCCACUUUUCCUGUAACAUACAGAUCCCGUAGAGAAGCCAGUAAACAACAAAAAUGGCCUAUAGAUUAAAAGUGACUUCCGGGAUUUCUUAAAAAGCCUGAAGAGAGCGGCACAUAAUGGUCAUCUAUCACGCAUAUGGCCUUGUGUAUUGCUGCUCACUUAAACAUAUGGGGAAUAUCAACUUACAUCUCCCUUUCCGUGCUUCUUCCUCCAGCUCGUUUCGCGCCUACUUCUCAUUACAAUUACUAAUCGGUUAUUUUCGGCUUUUUCGGAGCUAUCUUUAUUUAGGUACCCAGAGUGGUCACGUGUUGCAUUGUCAAGUUGUGCCUUACGCUCCAUUUUUUGGUGGUUGGUCAGUUCAGUUCAGUUUAUUGAGGGAAAUAGGCGUAAGCCUUUGAGUACCCUAUUUGCAACGUAAAAAAUGUGUGGUGUACAGAUAGAUGUUCUGGGCUGAAAUAGUUCGAACACGCCCAUAAUGGUGGGUAAAAAUGAGAAGGAGUUACAGGGGUGAGCUCGAUUUCUCAUCGCUCUUGGUCAUUUCGGAACAUAAAUAUGUCCAGAUUCUUCUUAAAAAUUUGUAUAGAUGGUGACAUCACAACAUCUGCGGGAAGCUCAUUCCAUGGUUUGACCACCCGAACCGCGAAGGAGAACUUCCGCACAUCCAGCCGUGCCUGCUGAGUGCGCAGUUUUAACGGGUGACCUCGGAGGUUGGUCGUGGUAGCAAAUUCAAAAAAGUCUUCGAAGGCCAGACUGCAAUCCAACCCCUUUACAAUGCGGAAGGCUUGCAAGAGAUCUCCGCGAAGUUGCCUGUAACUCAAAGGAAAGAGGUUCAGAUUUGGUAGGUGGGUUGCAUAAGGAAAGGAGCUUUGACCCCUAACCAUCUUCGUGGCUCUCCUCUGGACUCUUUCGAGGCAGUUUUGAUCCACAACAGCCCACGGCCUCCAAGCUUGAAUGCCGUACUCUAAAUGCGGCCGGACGAAUGUUCCGAAUGUCUUAGAGAAAGCUUCUUCGUCAAAAUCCAUAAACGCACGUUUGAUGGCGUACAGUACGGACAUUGCUGUUUUUGCCACCCUCGAACAGUGGGCGGAUGGUUUUAGGGAACUCGUUGUCAGCACACCGAGGUCCCUUUGGGCUUCGACCUCUUGUAGGGCUGCACCGCCCAGAAAGUAGCCUCUUGUGCUGGCGGAUCUGGCUGUGUUGCCUAGGCGAAGUAUGCUACAUUUGGCAACGUUGAGUAAGUCUCUGCAACUUGUUUUCGAUUUAUGUGGCCGCUAUUCGAAAAGCUUGUCAUCAGUAUCCGGUCGAAAUUCUUUGAGAUUUUCGAUGAGCUCCCGAGUAUGCGUUUUGGGUCAAUUAAAAUCUCGAAUUUCCACAGUGCAUGGGUUAAACCUGGAACUCUGAAACUCGACCUCUUCUAAUUAUGUUGCUUUAGGCGGCGGAAGAGGUUAAAUAUAAUGCCUAUUAGUUAAAUAACUCAGUAAUAUAUUCAAAUAACAUAGAGGUUUUCAUUGAACUUUUUAAUCUUGUUUAAAUAUACUUCAAUAUUAUCAGAAAAUACAAGUUGACUCGUCUGGUGGUGCAGGAUGUAUGCUUUCUUCCAGCGGAUCCUGGAUUGGAUAAGAAGUUUGUUCUGGAAAGAUGAAAUGGAACUGACGCUGGUUGGGUUACAAUACGCCGGCAAGACCACAUUUGUAAACGUCAUAGCUGUAUGUGUGUAUUUGUGCAUGUUAUAAGUUUGCUUUAGUGUGGUCAGUUCUGUGAGGAUAUGAUUCCAACGGUCGGAUUUAACAUGCGGAAAAUAACAAAAGGGAAAGUCACGAUUAAGGUUUGCUUUCCGCAGUGAUCCGAAUCCUUUUCCAGAUCUGGGAUAUUGGCGGGCAACCGAGGUUUAGGAGCAUGUGGGAACGCUAUUGCCGCGGUGUCAAUGCAAUAAUGUAAGUCUUCGAGUCCUCCAUUAGUCUAGGAAUCUUUGUUCCAUCUGUAUGCAGACAUGAUGCUCUGAGUGGAACUUAUGAUGCAAUCGACCUAAUUAGCCCGUUUAGACGGGCACCUCCCUUUCCCGUCUAGAUAGUAGAGCCUUUUGUGUGUUUCCCCGUAAUUCUUAGGCAUCCCGACCGGGAUUCAGUGUCUAAGGCUCCACACAUCUUAAUCAACUUUUUUAACUUUGAAAUUCCUCCUACUAACGUCAGUGCUUGGUUCCAUUACGAUAUUUUCUUGAUAUAUGUCAUCGUUUGAACUGGAUUUAGCGCAAAGGCAUAUCCUCAACCACCCUUUACAGUUGGCUCUGCUAACUAGACCGUUGUGCAAUCGCUACCCUGAUAGCAUUUAGUCGCCCAGAAAUAGACAUUUGCUAGCCCGUUUAACUUGCGGGCUGGUGCAGGGCUAGUAACCUGGCUGGCUGAGAGUGCUCCAUCUGUGCGAGGAAAGUAGCUUUUCUGCUUCACCCCCUCCUUGAUGCUCACCCGAGUGCAUUUUCCACGUCACGCCUGGGAGGUCCCUCUGAGCUUACGUACGCAUGCAGGAUGCACGCACGCACUUUGUCCGCAAUUCAGGCCCCUGUCUGGCGACUUAGAUCGCCCCGGGCUACAACGCCCUCAGCUCGCCCGAGAAGGCGCGUCAACCUACUGUCCUCGUGUGGACAGUGUCCGCUAAAAUUGCUGCGAAAUCCAGUCAAUCCAGUCGCCUGCGACCGGGCGACACGGCUAGCCCUGGGCGAGUAGAAUGCUAUCAGGGUAUUAAGGAAUGUUCACGGCAGCCUCGUUCAUGAUUUUCUGUCUCCUUCCACGGCGUCUACUGAAAUGGUUUUGAUUUUUCGAACAGUGCUUCAGUUACCUGCAGCUUUUUGGUGUACCGAAACCCUGGAUAACGUAGGGUUGGCAGAUGAAUUUGGUAAUGUGGAUGACGGCCGACCCACAACCUUUUUGCCGGUUCAUGAGAAGCUGGACUCUGACUGCACAGGAGUGGUUAAACUAGUUUCGUAAGCUGGGACGUUGCUAAUCUCAGUUCACUUUGACUGGCAGACAAAUUUGUAACUUAAAGCAUAGCAAGCCGCAUUUAAACACUAGCUUACACCCCUGACUAUAACUCCUGAAUGUUUGCAGCUAUAUGGUCGACGCGGCCGAUCGAGACAAGCUUGAAGCCUCUCGCAAUGAGCUUCAUACCCUUUUGGAUAAGUCACAACUCACAGGCAUCCCUGUGCUCGUUCUCGGGAACAAACGUGAUCUACCUGGUGCGCUGACGGAAGUGGAACUUAUUGAAGCCCUAAACCUCAACACGAUAACAGAUCGUGAAAUUUGCUGCUACUCGAUUUCUUGCAAAGAGCAAGAAAAUAUUGGUAUGUCGGUUUUUAAUUCGUUUGUUCAGUUUUUUUGCUUAAAUGGCUGCAGUCACUGUAUUCAUAGUCAUGCGGUCCUGGCUCAUCCGGGGCGUCUUUAUUUAUUCCAAAUGACCAAUCUCUGUGCCUUUAUCUCCUUUACGCCUGAGGGUUAUGCACUCCAGCCGUUUCCUUUUUGUCCUCUCAUGACUUGUCAGGUGGCAAGUCAAUGCCACCCUCCUCUGCAGUUUUAACUCUAAAAUAAUUCGUUCAUCACUCCACGAGGCCACGACUUUUUGGUAAAGUGAUACAUACAUCCCAUUCAUCUCUGCGUUGAACUGAUGCCUGUCUCAGGGCACGGCCCUCGCCUGUUCAGAUUUAAGGAAAGUUUUUUCGGUUGUGCUAUCGCUUUUCCUCCUCCUUACUUCAUGUGCUCCUCCGAUCAUAUUUCUGUGGUCCACCUGUGGCCUGACUGAAGCCACAAACGUACCACAGUACACAUUCCUUGUGUGAAACGGCUCGCUUCAAUAGUCAAAAACUUGGCUCUCCCUUCUGGCGAGUUUCCCAACCUCAUUUUCCCAUACGUCCAUUUGUUUGGCUUACGACGAGUUUACACUUUGUCGUCCGUCCCGUUUAAUUUUCCUGUUAACUGGCUUCUUGGGAGGGUCGACACGGUUUUGACGGUGUUAAAUUUGCACGCGAACGCCGGCUAAUAAACGCCGACUGCGAUAAAGAUACUCUCUUAGCGUCAGGCACUCAUGGUUCCCGGAACGUGGUGUUGCGGAAGUGGGAUCGCUAAAUUUGUCGGAUUACCCAUUACCGGCGUAAGACCAAAGGGCGUCCGAUCUGUGUCUGAGUAGGAUAAAGCACUCCUCUCACGGUCAAAUUACUACCAAAUGUAUGCAGUCAGAACGGCGCCCUAGCCCGGAUGGACGCUACUCCCGGGGCUCUCGCAAGCCUUAGGUAUCAGUUGGCCCUCUAAGACAUCUAUAUUGGCAAGAAAAUCCUCGCCCCCUCAUUCCUGAGCUAGGCUCUGCUCAUGUAAAGCGAACGAAAACCGGAGAUACUUCUCCACCGCUGUUUGAAGGCCAUCUUCCGGCUGAAGCGCACCGACCUUGUCUACACUCACUGCAGCAACAUCUCAGACCAUCCAAUAAAUACCGCUGAUGUUCCUCAGACGCGUUCUUCCUCCCCGUCUCCCCUCCCCAUGAGUUUUGUGUUGCUGGCCACCUGAAGCCACCGAAAAUGUCCGCUAUAUACUUGGCUCAAGGCAGUCCAUCAGGACAUAAUGGGGGUUUUUAGGCCCAUGCUAUUCCAUCUUCGUUUCUGGACAGGGUUCACCGAGGCCGCUGCCGUAGGUUUUUACGCAUAGUCACACAGUCCGCUACACCAAGGCCCACCAAAUUAGGAAUGAUCAUAGUCCCGACGCGCAUUCCGCAUUUCCCCUAGGAUUCAAAUUUUACUCGUUUGAAAGAGGAUAUUUUGCUCUCCUUUCUGUCUUUUUCUCAUUUGGGGCUACUCGGUCAUAUCUCGCUCGUUCCAGGCUGUCGUUACUGCCUUGUCUUCCAGGAUAAUUUCAAACCCUACACUACUUAAAAUUGGUUUACAAACAUAACCGGUAUACCGAAUGAUAGAGAACACGCGCGGCCAAGGUAAUUGAAUAGAAGAUGGGAAGGCGAUCGCUGGGACCAAUUGUUUAUUUAUCCGACGUUUCGAACUCUCACGCGAGCCCAUCGUCAAGGAAUGAAAUACUGUACAACUCGUCGUGUAUUUAGCUCACCUCUGCCGGUAUAAUAUAUAAUACAGUAGUAGUUAAGCAACGUGUCGCAUACCACUGGGACCCCGUCCGUCUCGUCGAGUUAAAAUGACUGCAAGUAGUCGGCUGCCCAACGCCAAGAUUAUUUCAACCGGUCUUCUUGAGUGGUUACCUGCGCCAGAAACAGUACUUCGAAGCAGUCCAAAAGGUAGAAUCCAUGAACUCAUUUUUGCGGGGCCCUGGUCUUCUUCAAACAAGAAAUAGUUAACUCCGAGGGCUGAAGGCGGUUGGGGACUUCGUAUCACUCACUCCCAGGGACUCGAUGCAGUUGUGAGCAUACCACACUUAGCCGCCUUCGAUGCUCAAUGGCGUGCUAUGGAACAAGAGGCCUUUGCUGACUACCGCCAAAUCGGCAUACAGGCGCCGACGAUGGUAUGAUCCACUUGGCCAUAAGUAUUGAUUCCGCGCUUACUGGUCGUGGUGACAGGGCACAACAGUCACCAAUGACUAAGCCUGAAAGAAUCCUAAUUGAGUCCACUAGAGUUAUUCCUAUCUGACUAGACAGACUUGUGGCAAUAGAGA